AACCUUUAAAUCAAGCUUGUCGUAGCCGCGGUUGUCAAAUUUUGAGUAGUCAAAAAGUACACUGGACUAUUGGGCCCCUUUUGCGCCGCCCUUGUACAGCGUUGCCACCUGUCUGCAACCGUUUCGAACCCAAUCUCUCCUAGUCAUGUUGUUUCUGAAAAACAAGCUAUCCAAACUGGACUUGGCGGAGCACACGGUGAUUAUACCGAGCAUAUGCGUCGGCAACGCUGCGCAGCUGGCCUGCGACCUGUUGAUCGCCUCCAAACAACUUCGUCGCAUUGGAUCCCUGACACAUCCGGCUCUAAUUCCGGUUUAUGGACCUUCUGCCUACCAGCACGAACCCAACGAGAAGGUCUCCUCAUGCGAGUUGUACGAGGGCACCGAGGACAAGCUCCUAGUUGUUCAGUUUCGAGCUCCCUGGGUCGCCCGCCACACCGCCAACUUCCAGAGGGAAUUGGUGGAGCUGCUCAAGGGCGCUCGCCGAGUGGUCAUCCUCAGCGGCAGCUUUGGCUUUGAGAAGCGUGUGAUUGAGGAAUCGCCUUGGGCCUACCGUGCCAGCGACAACUUUAAAGAGGCCCAUGCCGCCCAACUGGGCAACCAGGAGCUGAUCAAGUGGAAGGAGCACAAGGGCGAAGCCAUCUAUGGCGGCGGCAAUGCCCUGCAGUUGUUCAAGGCUUUUGAUGAGCAGAAGGUGCCCGUCAUGCUGCUCUUCCGCUACCUGCUCGAAGGGGACAACUCCACGGAUGCGUCUCUUAUCGUCCGAGAACUGAACGAACUUUGCGAGGAUUUCCUACAGCUCCGUAAUGGCGGCGACGGAAGUUUUAAGCUCACGGUGCCAAAGUCAUGGAAUCUGCUAUUUGGCAACGAUGUGACGGAACUUCUGUUUUAAGUGACUGUAUAUAUUUCUCGGUGGUUUCAAAUAAAUUUUAAUCUUUUGGUGUAGGAUAAAAAAGAUUACUAGCUCUGUGCUCUCGGAA